AUGCAUCAUUGUAGUGCACUGCCAUGGACUGCUUUUAUUUUCCACCUCAUCAUACAGGGAACCGUCUCAAUGGUUUUCCCCGGCCAAAAGCCAACCUCGAUCAGCCCAACCCCGACCAUCCUCGAGUUGGAGCCACGAGCAGGUUCCCAGCCCACGCCCUUCAUUGAUGUGGAUGGCCUUGUCAAGAACAAUAUCGUUAUCACCACGUCAAGCGGGCAGCUCAGCGCAAUGACCGCAUGCGGCUACGUAGAUGGGGAUUUGAAGAGUGUACGCGGUAUUCCGCCUGGGUGGGACUGCCGCGUCGACCUACAAAACUCUUUCUUCGGCCUGUGCGAGACUAAAGUCACAUCUGUGAAGGAUUGCGGUUUUGUACACGCCUGCGUGGAUUCAUCCAAGUGCACUAGUGGUUGUGGCAAUUUCGACCCUAAGUUUAGUUCAGGCUCCGGCUACCGCCAGAUAACAUGGUACGGCUGCAUUCCCCCCUCCCCGUCGGCUCGUGCUUACAUAACCGUGGGACACGAUUACAGUGACAGCGACUCAAAUAUCCCCCACUGCUGGGAUGUCGUGCUUGACGUCGCGCCAGAGUCGCAAUAUACCUGGCACGCCUGUGGCCCCUUUUCCAGCACUACACAUACCUAUUUGCUCACCACGACAUCACCAUCCGGUGCAAGCAUAGUAGCCUCUAGCUCUUCGCAGACUACUCCGACCACGGCAUUGGGGGGCAAUUCGACAAGCGGCAACGAUGCCGAUAGUGGACAGGAUGCGCAAAGCAACAAUCGCGGGCAAAGCGAUACAAACAACGCUGCCCCGAUCGGCGUUAUAGUGGGCGCAUCGCUCGCCGGUCUUGUGGUACUUUGCUGCACGAUUCUGUUGGCUUUGUGGAUUGCCAAGAGGCGCGGCAGCAAGGAUGCCAGCGCGGGUAUGUCGGGUCUGAGCCGACAAAAGCAACGGAAACAAUGUUCGCCCCAACAGUCGCCGGUCUCAUGGCCCGGGUCUUACAUGGAGUCCAAACAAUUGGAUGGCUCGUCGCGGCCGGUGGAAAUUGGUCCCGGACAGCACUUGGAUUUAACCAACUGUAGCGAGUUGCCAGCAGCGAGUACUUACGCGGAGAUGGAAGCACCGGGGCAGAAUAGAUAUCCAGAACACAACCCCGUUUUACAAGAAACUAGACCUUUGUAA